AUGGCUGAGAAACUCAACGCUCUCGCCAGCAUAACAAGCACUGGCAACAGACACCAGGCGGAAGACCACGAGCUUGAUCUUAAUGCCGUCACUUCAAACCCACUUUCUAUCAAUGACGUCGCUGGCGGACUCACCCUGGACCAGAAGUUCUACAUCAUCAAGAGAUUGGACCUCGGUCACCUCACCACCUUUGAGGACUUACCUCCCACUGCUGUGUUUAUGAUCGAGAAGAUCCAGAACUUGGACAUCGCUGAGGCAGUCGAGAUUCUUGAACAGUUUAUGAAGGACCACGAUAGUGAUCUCAAUAUCCCCAACGAGGAAAUCGAGUUCAUCGAGCUCCUCCUUCUGCGUGAUCCCAACAAGGCUGCUAAGGAUAUGGCUUCAACCGUCAAGGCUGUUGGCUUCUCCACUUUGGAAAAAGAAGGUAGCGACAAAGAACGCACUGCUGUCAAUGAGCUGGACUCACUCUCUUCUCUCGAAUCUUUGGACUUCAAGAAAGUCUUUGACUGGGAGUUGCAAGUCAAGACAGAAGCUGGUCUUAUCGCCUACUGGUCUCCAUAUCCUGAAGUGAGAGCUGUAACCGAUCCCUUCGACGACGCCUCCGUCCCUUGCGAGACUUGGAGAGUGUAUUUCCUUGGUAUCAUCUGGGUCGCCAUUGGAAGUGUUAUCAAUGAAUACUUCUACAACAGAAGACCCUCCAUCAGUUUGAGAUCCCCCGUGGUUCAGCUUUUUCUCUACCCAUGCGGUAAGUUCCUCGAGUAUGUGAUGCCAAAGAAGACGCUUAAAAUUUGGAAAUGGAAGAUCGACCUCAACCCUGGGCCCUGGAGUCACAAGGAACAGUUGCUUUCUACUUUGUGCUACAGUGUCAGUGGUGGUGCUGUUUAUGCUACUUCUUUCAUUACAGUGCACAAGUUGGACGUCUUCUAUGGCAAUGACUUCCUUGACUUUGGCUUCCAGAUCCUUUUGGUUCUCGCUUCCAACUUCAUGGGUUUUGGUUUGGCUGGUAUCUUCAGAAAGUUUGUCAUCUACCCAGUCCACUCAAUUUGGCCCACUAUCUUGCCUACCCUUGCUCUUAACAAAGCUUUGGUUCAGCCUGAGAAGAAGGAAAACAUCAACGGAUGGACUAUCUCAAGAUACCACUUUUUCUUCGCCGUGUUUGCCUUCUCAUUUUUGUGGUUUUGGGUCCCUGACUACUUGUUCACCGCCCUUUCUACUUUUAACUGGCUUACCUGGAUUGCUCCAAACAAUUUCAACUUGGCCGCCAUUACAGGAAUGCAGUCAGGAUUGGGCCUCAACCCCAUCUCCACAUUCGACUGGAAUGUCAUGAGUAUGAAUGUUCCUUUGGCUGUUCCUUUCUUCUCGCAGGUGAAUAGUUGGACCGGAAUGUUCCUCGGCUUUUUUGUUAUCUGUGGGUUGUGGUGGUCAAACUACAAAUGGACUGGUUUCUUGCCCAUAAAUUCCAAUUCUAUUUUCACCAACACUGGUGACUACUACUCUGUGCAAGCUGUGGUUAAAGACGGAAAGCUUGAUGAGGAAAUGUACCAAAAAAUCGGCCCCCCAUUUUAUACUGCUGCCAACAUGAUCACUUAUGGCGCAUUCUUUGCUGUGUAUCCCUUGAACUUUGUCUAUGUUCUUCUUUGUGAUCACCAGAGGCUCUGGUUCGCAAUCAAGUCCAUGGCAAGAUCAAUGAACUUCAAGAAGAAGACGUCUGCGUAUGACGGCUUUGAUGACCCAUUCUCGAGAUCCAUGACUAAAUACAAAGAAGUCCCAGAAUGGGUAUUCUUGAUCGUCUUGGUGCUCAGUCUUGUCUUUGCUAUUAUUUGUUGUAAGGCAUAUCCUUUGAAUACCCCUGUUUGGACAAUCUUCUUUGCGUUGGGCAUGAACUUUAUUUUCUUGUUACCUUUCUGCGUGGUGUAUUCCACCACAGGUACUUCUGUUUCCCUUAACGUCUUGGUUGAGUUGAUCACUGGUUAUGCCCUCCCAGGUAAUGGUAUUGCUUUGAACUUCGUCAAGACCUUGGGUACCAACAUCGAUGCUCAGGCCGAGAACUACAUCACCAAUCAAAAGCAGGCUCACUACUUGAGAAUUCCUCCAAGAGCCUUGUUCCGUGUUCAAAUGAUCUCCUGUAUUGUUUGCAGUUUCAUUUCUGUCGCCAUCAUCAACCUCACCAUCACCUCGAUCAAGGAUUACUGUACGCCACAUCAGCCACAGAAGUUUUCUUGUCCAAACUCCACCACCUUCUACUCGGCGUCGGUCUUGUGGGGUGUCAUUGGACCCAAGAGAGUUUUCGGAGGGCUUUAUCCAGUCUUGCAAUGGUGCUUCUUGAUUGGAUUCUUAAUUUCUUUCCCAGCUUGGGCUCUCAGAAAGUGGGGCAGAAGAACCAUCAUCGGAAAGUACUUCCACCCAGUUGUUUUGGUGUUUGGUUUCGUUCAAUGGGCACCAUACAACUUGAGUUACUACACUCCUAGUUUGAUUCUCUCCUUUAUUUUCAUGUACAUCAUAAGAAAAAAGAGGACUGCCUGGUGGGAGAAAUACAACUAUAUUCUUUCUGGUGGUAUGGAUGCUGGUGUCGCUUUCAGCAGUAUCAUCAUCUUCUUCGCUGUGCAAUAUCAUGCCAAAAACAUCGUUUGGUGGGGCAACACAGUCAACACCAAGGGCUUGGAUUACGAGGCUCCAGCCAGGCUUAACGCCACAAUCAGUGCUCCCGAUGGGUACUUUGGUCCCAGAAAGGGGCACUUCCCAUAG